AUGCUGCGAGGCGACCUUGGCCCCAGCACCCUCGUAGAAGCCGGUCAGCCCGGCGGCCGAUGCCACCGAAGAGGGGAGCAUUUUGUUGCCAGGGUCUGGCGUCGCGCGGCAAUCGGACUGGCACCGGUCGUCUCAGGAGGCGGAAGGAAAUGCGGCCACAGAGCGCCCUGCGCUAACGAGGACGGCGUUGCCGGUGGAGCUGUGCAACGGACUUGUGGUUGGGCGACAUCGGCCUGUCCGAUGGGAGAAAAAGGUGGGGAGGUCGGACGAGAUCAGUCGAGCUGGUGCAGGAUGGGAAUGGGGAUGAGGUGUGAGGAUGAGAAGGGAACAGUGAUUAGAGCGAGGCAGAAGAGAGAAAAUGGACCAACCCUGGGGGUAUAA